AUGCAGAAUGCGUGGUGCGCGAUUCGCGGGGCGGUCAACGAAAUAAAUGCGGUGCUGCUUUCUGAAGAUGAAGACGAGGAAGAAGAAGAAGAACAAGAAGACUUGGGGGGCCCCCAGAGGGGCCCCUCCAGGGACUUGCUGCUGCUGCAGCAGCAGAAGGCGCAGCAGGAAGCUGUUGCGCGGCAGCUGGAGCUUUCAGAGGCCGAAACUGCCAAGUAUGCGCAGCAGCUAGCCAGCCUCCGCAGGGAGUGCCGCCAGCUGCGCUCCCGCCUGUCUUCCCAGCAGCAGCAGCAGCAGCAGCAGCAGCAGCAGCAGCAGGGGGGGGAUUCGGAAGCAGCAGCAGCAGCAGCAGCAGCAGCAGGAAGCAGGGGCAGCAGCAGCGCGAGCGACCCGCAGCUGGAGAGUUCUGCGUCUUUUCAGCAGCUGCUGUCACGGCCUUUGGCGCGGACUCUUCCCCCCGAGUUGUACAGCUGGCUGCGGGGCUUCGAGUCUUCGGGGGGCCCCCCUGGGGGGCCCCCCGGGGGGGCCCCCCAGGGGGGCCCCCCGGAGUCCCGGGGGGCCCCGCAAGACCCAAAUGGGGGUUUUUUUUCCUUGACCAAAUGCGUACAAGCAGCAGAAAAGCUCGUGCGCUGGGGGACUUUGUCCCGCGGAAGCUCUGCAGUAGUGACUCCUAGACAAGGCGAAGAGGCCCUCAGCAGCAGCGAGGGGCCCCCAGGGGCCCCCGAGGCUGAGCGGCGGCUGCUGCAGGAAAUGGCCAAGCGGCAGCAGCUGCAGCACCAAGCUGCUGCGCUGCAGCGGCGAGUAAUGGAACUAACUGAAGAUUUAAAAGAUUCUCAACAAAUGAUUGAAGAGCAGAGGGAAGCUGAGCGCGAAAGAGUGAAGCAGGCUGACAGCGAAGAAACGGAAAGGCUGAAGACGCAACUGGGAAAAGUGACGGAGCAGCUCGAGACAUCUUCUCAUGCUUCUGUCUCUCGAGCUUUGCAAGAAGCUUUGGAAGAGUUGGCGGAGCUUCGAGGGGACGCAGCUACAGACUGCGAUGGCACAGUCAGUCGACUUCGCGCGGAGUUGGCGACGGCUCGAAGUGAAUUGGAGGAAAUGCAAAAUGAUUUGAAUUUAAACCAAACCCUCAAGACGCAAAUUCAAGAGCUUGAGGGAAAGCUAGAGGAGGCCUUUAAGCAAAGAGACGAAGCAAAAGCAGCAGCAGAUAAAUAUGAAGCGGACAACAAAACUAUUUCGGACGGCAUGCAGAAGCUGCUGCAGAAGCUGCAUGCACAAGUGGAAGAUCAGGACUAUUUUGUAGACAAAAGAAUUGUAGCGCAAAUGAUUGCCAAGUACCAAGAAGCGCACGGAAAUAUAAAAAGACGCGAAGAAAUCUUUUUUUUGAUUUGCGACGUUUUGGGGUUUAGCGACGAAGACAGAGAGCGCUUUGGGCUCCCCCAGAGGCCAAGCGAAAGGGGCAAAGAGGGCGGAGGACUUUCUGAACAGUUUGUGGAGUUUUUGAAUGGAGAAGUGUCUUGA